CCUUCGAUUUAACAUAUGUUUCCACUCGGUUUCUUACGAAUGAACACUCCGGUAAACUUCCGUGUCGUGUGUAGAGUACACAUGUGAGCAGAGGGAAGCAGAGAGGAGCAGAGUCAGAGUGAACACACAGUUUCCGGGAUGGACGGGAAAGUAAAGGAACAGAAGCGACACCAGAAGAAGCACAGCGGGCCCAAAGCAGAGAAGAAGAAGCUCAGGAAGCAGGAAGGUACCACAGAUGAAGAUGAACGCAAACGAAACCCCAAAGCGUUCGCCGUCCAGUCCGCUGUUCGGAUGGCCAAAACCUUCCACAGAUCCCAGGACAUAAAGACAAAGAAACAUCACAUCCCCCUGGUGGACCGGACUCCCCUUGAACCCCCUCCCAUCGUCAUCGUCGUAGUCGGGCCUCCCAAGGUGGGAAAGAGCACCCUGAUCCGCUGCCUGAUCAAAAACUUCACCCGCCAGAAGCUGGGGGAGAUCCAUGGACCUGUGACCAUCGUCGCAGGUAAGAAGCGUCGCCUGACCUUCAUGGAGUGUAACAACGACAUCAACACCAUGAUCGACCUCGCGAAAGUCGCUGACCUGGUCCUGAUGCUGAUCGACGCCAGCUUUGGCUUUGAGAUGGAGACGUUUGAGUUCCUGAACAUCUGCCAGGUGCACGGUUUCCCUCGUAUCAUGGGCGUGCUGACUCACCUGGACUCCUUCAAGAACAACAAGACUCUGAGGAAGACCAAGAAGAACCUGAAACACCGCUUCUGGACUGAGGUCUACCAGGGGGCCAAGCUGUUCUACCUGUCAGGUAUGGUGUACGGAGAGUAUCAGACUCAGGAGGUGAAGAAUCUGGGUCGGUUCAUCUCUGUGAUGAAGUUUCGUCCUCUGGUGUGGCAGACAUCUCAUCCCUACGUGCUGGCUGAUCGUAUGGAGGACCUGACUAACCCAGAGACGGUGAGGACGGACCCAAAGUGUGACCGCACAGUCUCCCUCUACGGCUACCUGAGAGGGACGUACCUGAAGAACAAAGGCCAGGUCCACAUCCCCGGUGUGGGAGACUUCCAGGUUUCAGACGUGAACUUCCUUCCUGACCCGUGUCCGCUUCCCAACGCUCAGAAGAAGAGAGCGCUGAACGAGAAGGAGCGUCUGCUCUACGCUCCCAUGGCGGGGGUCGGAGGGGUCGUUUACGACAAGGACGCCGUUUAUAUCGACCUACCUGCUAGCCACGUCAACCUGCAGCAGGAGGAAGGGCGUCCCACCACAGAGCUGGUUCAGUCUCUCAUCGACACUCACGCCACUCUGGAUGCAAAGAUGGCCGCCAGUAAAGUGUCUCUGUUCAGCGGCUCGGCCACGCUGGACUCCACCGACAUGGAGGAGCAGAGCGGAGAGGGGACGGGCCUUCAGGAGAUGCGCGUGUUGGACCCGAACACCCAGAGAGAAAGGAGGAAGGUGGUCUUUACAGAGGAAGACAAUGAGGACAACGACGAUGAUGAGGAGGAGGAAGAGGAGGAGGAGGAGGAGGAGGAGGAGGAGGGUGACAGUCAGGACAGCGGUGAGGAAGAGGAGGAUGGUGGUGAUGAAGAUAACCUGUCCAUGUUCCUGAAGAAGGCAAGAUCCGAAACGACUCCUCCGCUGAAGAAACAGAAGCUGAAGGAGGAGGAGGAUGAGGAGGAGGAGGAGGAGGAGGAAGAGGAAGAGAGGGCGGAGGCGCCAGUGUUCGCUGACAGUGAAGAUGACCUGGAGAGGAGCGAGGAUGAGGAGGAGGACAGUGAUGAAGAGGAGGAAGUUGGGAGAGCAGGAGACUCUGGACACUGUUCUGAGGAAGAGGAGAGUGAUGAUGAAGAUGAAGAAGAGGAAGAAGAAUCAGAGAGUGAGGAGGAGAAAGAGGAAGAGGGUGCCCUCAGGUGGAAGGAUGGCCUGCAGCAGAAAGCAUCACAGGCGUUUCUACGGCAGCAAGAAGCUGCUCCCAACCUGAGGAAGCAGGUGUACGGGACAGUUGUAGAGGCAGGUGAUGAAGAAGAGGAGGAAGAGCUGGGAGGUCUGUUCAGAGUCAACCGGCCUCAGAAGAGUAAAAAGGUCACCGCUGACGCUCUCGACUGUUCACACUUCAAACCCGACACAUCGCAUGACUGGGACCUGGAGGAGAUGCUGAACUCCAUCAGAGACUGUUUUGUGACAGGGAAGUGGGAGGAGGGUCUGGACGCUGCGACUCUGCUCAAAGAGGAUGAGGAGCUGUUCGGGGACUUUGAGGAUCUGGAAACAGGCGCAGUCCAUAAAGGACAGGAUCAGGAUCAGCAGAAGACUGAGAAUGAGGACGAUGAUGAUGAGGAGGAGGAGGAGGAGGAGGAAGACGCUGCCGGGGGGAUGAUGAAGGUGGAUGAGGACGAGGCUCUGAAGAAGAAGCGUCUGGAGAAGAAGCGGCGGCUGAAGGAGCGGUUCGAUUCCGAGUAUGAUGACGGAGACGCCACGUACUUUGACGACCUGAAGGAGGAGCUGCAGAAACAGGCCGAGCUGAACAGGGCGGAGUUUGAGGACGUGGACGAUGAGACCAGAGUUCAAUACGAAGGUUUCAGACCGGGGAUGUACGUCAGGUUAGAGAUCCCCUCUCUGCCCUGUGAGUUUGUGAUGAACUUUGACCCCCAGUAUCCCAUCAUCCUCGGGGGGCUGGGCUCCAGUGAGGGCAACGUGGGAUACCUGCAGAUGCGGUUGAAGAAACACCGCUGGUACAGCCGGAUCCUGAAGACCAGAGACCCCCUUAUCCUAUCUUUGGGAUGGAGACGGUUUCAGACCCUCCCCCUGUACCACAUCGAGGACCACAACGGACGCCACCGCCUGCUCAAGUACACGCCACAGCACAUGCACUGUGGAGCGUCCAUCUGGGGCCCCGUCACUCCUCAGGGGACAGGCUUCCUGGCUGUUCAGUCAGUGGCUGACACUAAGACUAAUAACUUCCGCAUCGCAGCGACAGGAGUGGUUCUGGAUUUAGAUAAAUCAGUGACUGUCGUAAAGAAGCUCAAACUCAUCGGUUACCCCUACAAGAUCUAUAAAAACACCAGCUUCAUCAAGGGCAUGUUUAACUCGGUGUUGGAGGUGGCCAAGUUUGAAGGAGCCUCUGUCCGGACGGUGUCAGGGGUCAGAGGUCAGAUCAAGAAAGCUCUGUCCUCACCUGCAGGAGCGUACAGAGCUACGUUUGAGGACCGCCUCCUCAUGAGCGACAUCGUGUUCCUGCGCUCCUGGUACCCGGUCUCUGUGCCUCAGCUGUAUAACCCGGUCACGUCUCUGCUGCUCCCUGUGGGGAUGAAGGACGGCUGGUCCGGCAUGAGGACGCUCGGACAGCUCAAACACGACCUUGGCAUCAGGAACAAACCAAACGCUGACUCUCUUUACAAGACGGUGGUGCGAGCUCCGAGGCGUUUCAACCCCCUCCACAUCCCCAAAGAGCUGCAGAAGGCCCUCCCCUUUAAGAGUAAACCCAAACAGCACCAACCUAAAGGGAAGGUUCCCAGAGACCUGCAGAGACCCAGCGUGAUCCGAGAACCCCACGAGAAGAAGGUGGCAGCGCUGCUCCAAGCCCUGAGCACAGUCCACAACCACAAGAGGAAGAAGGCACACACACUGCAGCACGCCAAACACAAGGAGUUCCUGCAGCAGAAGGAGAAACAGGAGGAGGCCAAACUGCAGAGACAGAAGGAGGCACGCAAAAAACUGUACCGCGUCAUGGGCCAGACGGACCAGAAGAAGCAGCGGUCCAGCCUGAAGGGGGCGCCGAAGGACGACUGAAUCCUGAUGUUAGACUGUAUACAGAUUGAUGGUGUUAAAGAUGAGGACCCAGAGCUCUGCAGAUGACACACAGAGGAUCUGUGUUAGUGUGUGUUUCACUCAUUUAAAGGAGUAUUCUGUGUUUUUUUUCUACAUGUGUGGAUAAAUGUAAAGCUCCGUUUGAACUUGUUUUAAUAAAACAAUAAUGACAUAAAAGACUCGUACUAUA